AUGCCUCGCGCAAAGAAGUUCCAGCAGGCGUUGCGAUUUGCGCCGAAGGGCGCCGCGGACACCGACCCGGAGGAGCUGACAAAGCCCCGCCGGGCACCUAAACGCAAGGCGACCUCGCCAAUCAUCGUGAGCGACGACGACGAACCGGUUGUCGCUUCUGCGAGAAAGCGAACAAAGCCCGCGCAGUUAGCUCGCACUUCCCCCUCACUAAGCUCCGAGGACGAAAACGAAAUCGUGGCCCCGUCAACCGCCAGAAAGCGCAGAACACGAAACCCCGUUGAUGUCAAGGAAAGUGACGAUUCCGAUCAACCGGUGGCAUCCUCGCCUAUGAAAAGGCUGAGACGUGGUCCAGAAAUUGACAACGCCCAAAUUCCGCAUACACCCCGUCAUACCUCGAAGCAAUCUAAGCUUGAUAUUGAGGAGGAUCUGGUAGAUCUUCAAGAUUCAGUCGUGAAAAACACUCGCACUCGUGGCCGGAACGUUGAAACCGCGCGCGACAAGAGGCUGAAACAACUUGAAGUUUUGCGCCGCAGACGCGCAGGCCUGAAAGAGCAGAGCGAAGACGACGCCGAAGACGACGCCGAAGGAACUUCCGGUUCUGACGUUGAAGAGGUGACGGGCCGCGCUAGCCCUUCUGGCCAAGGUCUCUGGAAGCACCACGACGAAGACAGCGACGUGGAAUCGACCAUAGAUCCAAAUGAGGACCUUGAUCGAUACGAAGACGACUUUGUCUUAAAGGAUGACAAGGAUGAUCUUGGUGUCCCUACUGAGGAGAUUCCAUUUGAAUUCACUCGCCACGCAUACAAGCAACCCAAAGAAUAUUUCCGAGAUGUCAUUGGUUGGAUGGUCCACAACAAACUCAACCCAGCUUUUCCUCGCUCCGAUGCUAUGUAUGAGAUGGCAUUCAUGAAGCUUGAAGACGAAGUCAAGGGUCGAGCUGGAUCACAGCUGAUUUCUUCGGUUUGGACCCCGGGCUUCGUUUAUUCACUCCAGGCCCGGCCACACAUGGACAUCUCUGCUUAUCCCACGGAAGAAAACCACUCUUGCGAUGCCUGCAGACGAUCUGGCCACCCGGCUUCUGCAGACAUGAGGCUUUUCGGGAAGCCAUACUCGCUGCAAACUCUAGAGCCUCUGAACGACGAUGAUGACAGUGAUUCUAACGAUGAUUCCAACAAGAGCACCAACGAUGGAAACGAUCGGGACCGCAAUGGUCAUGUCAUUCCCGAUGAGCACGUCCAUUUCUACCUGGGAAAGCAAUGCAAAUCCCGAGCUGUGCUCGCUCACACGCUCACACAUUGGCGCCACCACCUAAAUGAAUGGGUCAUUGAUCACCUUGAUCGCAUUGGCCUCAUGGAUGACGACGAGGUUCUGAAACGCAACAACCUGAGCAUCAAGCGCAGGACUCGGCAUGCAAAUCAGGUCCUUGACAGGAUGGUCUUCACUGGUGAAGUUGACAAAUUGUGGCGUGACUUCCAUCUCAAUCUCAAGUCUGCCCGUGAGAAAGAGUCCAUCUAUGGCUAA